AUGUCAGACAUCAACGCCAACAAGAUGGUUGGAGGAGGGAGGGGGGGUCCUGACAAAAUCAUCAACUCCCAACCAUCACUUUCCAACCAUCAAACGCAUCACUUCUCUCUACUACUCUCUUUGCUGACGUAUCAGGCCAUGCGGAUGCUUGACGAACUUGCCAAUGAGCACAAGGACUUGCUGAAGAAACGGGACAUUGUGGAGAUAGACAAGAAGAAGAUCAUUGCAUCCAUCCAAGACCUCGACAAAAAGAAGGACGAGCAACUCAAGGUGACGAUUGGCAAGGUCAACAAGGACUUUGGCAGCAUAUUCUCCGUGCUCUUGCCUGGCACCUCGGCCAAACUAGCCCCACCCGAGGGACUGUCGGUGCUUGACGGCUUGGAAGUCAAGGUGGCAUUUGGACAGACAUGGAAGGAAUCCCUGACUGAGCUGAGUGGAGGGCAACGGUCUCUCAUCGCGUUGUCGCUGAUCCUGUCACUGCUGAUGUUCAAGCCUGCGCCCAUGUACAUUCUGGAUGAGAUCGAUGCCGCACUGGACCUUUCACACACACAGAACAUCGGCAAUAUGCUACGCACGCACUUUUCACAGUCGCAGUUCAUUGUUGUGUCGUUAAAGGAGGGAAUGUUUGACAAUGCCAACUGUCUGUUCCGAGUGCGGUUCCUUGAAGGGUCGUCCACCGUCACACGGUACGUGCAAGACCCGCAUGGCAAGAAUGCGCAGAGCGAAGAGGGUGCAACCGGUCCUAACAGGGGGAAACAGGGCAGGACAUCCAAGGGUACUAAAAAUAGCAUAGGCGCAUUGGAUGCUGCCAGUUCUAGCAGGCCGCUGAUGUCACGUAAUGUUUGA